GACAGCUUCCUAAUUUAGGCGUAGGUACACACAAAGAUGCACUCUGACUUCCCUUCCUGUUGAAACAAUAACAUUAUGAGAAGGCAAGUGUGCUCUUGUAGCCUCCUCAUGGCGGAAGCAAUACCAAUGUUCUGCUUCUCCUUGUAUUUCUUCUGCUCCCAUGCUCUGGUGUCUCCAGGGAGCAGCAACGCCACGACCGAUGAGCUUUCGCUACUCGCCUUCAAGUCCAUGCUGCCAAGCCCAUCCAAUGGCUUGCUGGCAUCAUGGAACACUUCAAGCCACUACUGCAGCUGGCCAGGAGUUGUUUGCAGCCGUCGGCAACCUGAGAGGGUGGUCUCACUGGUCAUGGGCUCCUUCAACCUGUCCGGAUGCAUCUCUCCGUUCUUGGGCAACCUGUCGUUCCUUGAGGAGCUGGACCUUCGCAACAACCAGCUGGUUGGGCAGAUACCACCGGAGCUUGGUCGUCUCAGCAGGCUUCGGAUGCUGAACUUGAGCACAAAUUCUAUCCAAGGAGGUAUUCCUGUGGCCAUGGCAGGAUGCCUCAAUCUCACUGCGCUUGACCUGAGCAAUAACCAGCUCCAAGGUGAGAUACCAACUGAGAUCGGCACCUUGAAGAAUCUUAUGAGUUUGAGCCUUCAUACCAAUGGUUUGUCAGGAGAGAUCCCUCGCUCUCUUACAGACUUACUAUCAAUCAGAUACUUGUCUUUGAGCAACAACAGAUUCUCCGGUGAGAUACCACCUGAUUUGGGUAACCUCACCAACCUUUGGGUUCUUGACCUCGAGGAGAACAUGCUGUCAGGAGAUAUCCCUUCAUCUUUGGGCCUGUUGUCCAGUUUAUCCGAGCUCAGCUUAGGACUCAACAAUUUAAGUGGGUUGAUUCCCCCUUCUGUUUGGAACAUCUCCUCUCUAACAGUGUUUUCUGUCAAGCAAAAUAUGCUGAGUGGAACAAUACCUCCGAAUGCAUUCAAUACACUUCCUCGUCUGCAGAAGGUACUGAUUGACCACAACCAGUUUCAUGGCAAUAUUCCCACCUCAAUAGGUAAUGCUUCCGAUUUGUGGCUAGUUCAGCUUGGUGCUACUUUUUUAAGUGGCAUCAUUCCGGCGGAGAUUGGUCGGUUAAGAAACCUCAAAUUCUUAGUGCUCAGGAACGCUUUGUUUGAAGCUAAAGAACCCCAAGAUUGGCAAUUCGUAACCGCAUUAACAAAUUGCUCCCAGUUGCAAAUUAUAGGCUUAAGUUUUUGCAGGUUGGAGGGGGUCCUUCCGGAUUCAGUUUCCAAUCUUUCCACUUCGCUAAAACUACUGUCCUUUGGACACAACCCAAUUUCAGGAAGCAUACCUAGAGAUAUUGGUAAUCUCUUUAACUUACGAUCUCUGGAUUUCGCAGACAACUCUUUUACAGGAACCAUUCCUUCUUCCUUUAGUAGGCUUACAAAUUUGCAAGGUUUGUCUUUAUUGGGCAACAAGUUAAGUGGUCUCAUCCCAUUGACUAUUGGAAAUCUUACAGAACUAAGCUAUUUGUACCUGGACGCAAAUGCCUUCAGCGGAAGGAUACCUAACACAAUUGGAAACCUGAUAAAACUACUGGAACUAGGUCUUUCAGGAAAUAACUUUACUGGUUCGAUACCCAAAGAAUUAUUCAACAUCCAGACACUCUCAACAGUUUUUGAUCUGUCAUAUAAUAACUUGGAGGGAUCAAUACCGCAAGAAAUCGGAAACUUAAACAAUCUUGUAGAGUUCCAUGCAGAGUCAAACAAAUUAUCAGGUCAAAUUCCUAGCACCCUUGGUCAAUGUCAAGUUCUGCAGAAUCUCUAUCUGCAAAGUAAUUUCUUAAGUGGUAACAUUCCAUCACUUUUGGGUCAGUUGAAAGGUUUAGCAAUUCUUGACCUCUCAAGAAACAAUUUGUCUGGCCAGAUACCCAAGUUCUUAGGGGACCUUACAACGCUCCAUUCUCUAAACCUUUCAUUCAACAGCUUUAUCGGAGAAGUGCCAACUGUCGGUGUUUUUGCAAAUGCUUCUGGACUUUCAAUCCAAGGCAAUGGAAAACUUUGCGGUGGCAUACCUGAUCUACAUUUGCCACCUUGUUCUUCACAAUUGCCAAAGAAAAAACAUAAACUUCUGGUGGUACCUAUUGUUAUUUCUCUUGUUGCAACACUAGUCAUCAUUUUGUCGCUCUACAUAGUUCUAACCUGGCACAGGAGAAGUAAAACAAAAACCCUUUCAACAACAUUCAUGCAAGGACACCCAUUGAUCUCGUAUGCUCAAUUGGUAAAAGCAACAGAUGGUUUCUCAACUGCCAAUUUGUUGGGUUCUGGAUCAUUUGGGUCUGUGUACAAAGGAAUGUUAGAUGGUCAAGAAGGGGAAAGUACAAAUCUUGUUGCAGUGAAGGUACUAAAGCUUCAAACUCCUGGGGCACUCAAGAGUUUCAUAGCGGAAUGUGAAGCACUACGAAACAUGCGACACAGGAAUCUUGUCAAGAUAGUUACAGCUUGUGCAAGCAUUGAUGCCAGAGGGAAUGACUUCAAAGCAAUUGUGUAUGACUUCAUGCCUAAUGGGAGUUUAGAAGGUUGGCUACAUCCUGACGUAAAUGAGCAAACAGAGCAAAGGUACUUGAAUCUAUCAGAAAGAGUGACCAUACUUCUAGAUGUGGCUUAUGCGUUGGAUUAUCUUCAUUGCGAUGGCCCUGCUCCUGUUAUACAUUGUGAUCUUAAGUCAAGUAAUGUGCUCUUGGAUGUUGAUAUGGUAGCCCAUGUUGGAGACUUUGGACUUGCCAAGAUCAUGGUUGAAGGAUGCUCAAUUGUCCAACAGUCAACGAGCUCGAUGGGAUUUAGAGGGACAAUUGGUUAUGCUGCUCCAGAGUAUGGUGCUGGAAAUGUGGUAUCAACAAAUGGAGACAUUUACAGUUACGGAAUCCUUGUGUUAGAAAUGGUAACUGGUAAGAGGCCCACUGAUAGCACCUUCAGAGAAGGAUUGAGCCUUCGUGAAUACGUUGAUCAGGCCCUGCAUAAUAGAUCGAUGGAUGUCAUUGACACGCGUCUUUCUUUGAGCCUCAAGAAUGAAGUUCAGGAUGUGGGUGAUUUUUCACACAGAGAAAUGACUGAUUGCCUAAUUGCCCUGCUUAGACUUGGAUUGUCCUGCUCUGAGGAAAUGCCAUCCAGUCGGUUGCCAACCGGAGACAUCAUCAAGGAGCUGCUCGCCAUCAAAGGAUCUCUCUGAUAGGGAAUGCAGAAGAGGAAUAUGGAUGAACAACAACUGCAUGUGCUGAUGGUGUUCAUAGAUAUCUUUGAUCCACUUUUAGAUGCUUCAAGCUGAUUCCUGCAGUUGGACGUUUCCAACAGCUAUAAUUCUUGGAUAACAGAUUCAUCAAUGUGCUAGAUGUCUCCAGUUUAUGCCUAUGGCUUGAUCAUGCAGUCGCUUGCAUGCUUUAUGAUAUACUCUUGGCUCGCUGCUCUUUGCUCUUUACUCGUUGGAGUCACAUCAGUUCAAAUAUCUAUCUAUUGAGUGCCCUUUUAAUAAUAUAUCAAAAUUGUUGGAUAA